UAUAGUUUUGGAUGGUCUCAUGGGAAGGAGAUAAUGAAUGGGAAACCCGACACCCUGAAGGCUUCCUUUUACGCGAAUCCAGUGUUCGACAACCCCACCGUCACCUUUGACGAACAACGCGCAUUUCCUGAAUAUUAUGGGAGCAAUAUCUGGCCGAACAAAACCGAACCAGGUGUCGAAGGGUUUGAGGAGGCGUUCAAAGACUUGGGAAGCUUCGUUUUCAAAGUGGGUUGCGAGCUGGCGGUAGCUUGUCAGCCGUUUGAGGUUUCGGAUCUUUCAGAUAAGAUAUCCCUCCCACAUUUAAUUAGAACGUCGCAAACUACGAAGGCUCGUCUUUUGCAUUAUUUUCCACCUCCGCCAAGCACGAGUUUGCCCCGGGAUGAACCUUUGGAUAGCUGGUGUGGGUUCCAUCUUGACCACUCCCUGCUAACAGGCUUGUGUUCGGCAAUGUAUCUCGAGGCGAACGAUGGCGCUGAACCGACUGUUGUACCGUCACCCUCUGUAGCAUCUGGUCUUUACAUUCGGAAUCGUGGGGGUGAUUUGAUAAAAGUCUCCAUUCCGAGUGACUGUCUGGCGUUUCAAACUGGAGAAGCACUUGAGAUUGCCACCGGUGGGAAACUUUUGGCAACCCCACAUUGUGUUAGGGUAGGAGGGCUGCAUGCAGAGAGGGUCUCACGAGAAACAUUUGCGUUAUUCAUGCAACCAAACACUGACCAGCCUCUUUCUACGUCAAUAACGUUCGGAGAAUUCAGCAAGCGGGUCUUUAACGAUCAUUAUGGCAGUCGGUUGAUGUAA